CAAAGGUUGUUAAUGUUAUCGGUACCUAGAUUUCUUAUAUUAUUCUAUUUGAAUACCACACUGAAAUUAUUGAACCAAAUAAAAAAUAAUAAGCAACUCAGUAUAAUAACGAGUGAUGAAUUAGGACAUACAGUGGAUUUGGAACUGGCCAUCAUGGGUGACGGACAAAAUAUGGAUGACUUGGAAAUGCUCAAAUCCCUUUACGAUUUCGAGGCGACUUUAGCGAAAACGUUAAGUUUCUGUGAGGGUGAAUAUUUCUAUCUUCAGCAAACUAAUACUAAACAGAGGAAUUGGUGGCAUGUAAUUAAUAGGAAAGGUCAAGUUGGUUUUGUACCAUCUAACUAUGUGGCUGCAGUCAAGGUUGAUCCAGAGUUCUUCUUGGGAUUUCUGAGUGAUUGUAUAAAGAAUGUGAAUGACACAACAAUGGCACAAAAGCAGGAAUUAUUAGCUAGAUUGAGUGAGAAAAAGAAACAAAUACAAGUAUUGGUGAAGCCUCAUAAAAAGCAACAAGCCCCAAAGCCUCCACCGCGUUUAGAUGACAGCACACCUCCCAAUGGAGUGUCUCCAUCAUUUGAUCUUCGCCCAGUUGUUUCCCAGCAACACCUUUCAGAGGAAAGAGAUUCACCAACAAGAUCUCUAAACAGCAGUGCAAAAGAUGACGAUGAAAAAAGAAAAGAUUCAAUGAUCAAAUCAACUUCCAACCAAGUAUCAUCUGAUACUGACAACCAAGAUGACAGUCAGGAUAGUAGCGAGAGCAUAAAGCCCAAUGCAAUUUAUGAGAUUGUGCAGGCCGUUCGACGGGAGACGCAGCUUAGCCAUGAAAUGUCCAGAGUGGCUGUGGAGACUGUUCUCAUUUCUCUGCGGGAAUUUCUUCCCGGUGGUGCGGCAAGAUCAAUUAUUGAUGCGCUACUCCGAGAAGCGAAUAGCAACAUCACAUGCCCAAAGAAUGCUAUAGACGCCGCUCCCGACGCAUUGCGAAUGAUGACGGCACUAAACUCCUUGUCGAAAGCCGCGAAUGACGCGCAGCAGAGAGGAUGGGCGUUGCAUGACGAUGCACAUGAUAUUCAGACACAGCUGCUAGAAUUGAUAUCUGUGAUGUCCAACGCAGACGUGAACAUAUCGCAGCAUGUGUUGAGCAGCCAUCGGUAUGCCUAUGUGUCAACCCUUGUGCAGUAUUACCAGAUGGAAACUCGCUGGCCUCUUAGGCAACUAUUGCUACAGGCGUUCGGCGUAAUGUGUGGUCUGGAACGCACCGCAUUAGCGACACUCGCUCUAUCAGCUUUACCCGCGGAAAUAGCGCGUGACAUGCGCGACAACCCACGGGCCGUCAGCCGCCUGUCACACUCCGCGUUAUUGUUGUCUAUGGUGCUGUCCAUGGGCGAUCGCUUGCCGAUCACGCACUUUGAACAACUCGGCGUCGAAUUCGCCCAAUUCCUUCUAGAACUGAUCGAAAGUCCACCAGAGACAGAUGUAGAUGAGCAGAUACCAGACUUGUUCCUCACUCUGCUCCUCGCAUACAACUUGCAGUUCGAUAAUCCCUUCGAGAACAUUCUACUGAAUGCGCUCGAGACAAUGGACAACGCUAAAACCUUCUGUGAGAAGAUUCUGCUGUUGCUCAACCGUGAGGAGGAUCCCGUCCGCAUAUUCGACCACGAGCCUGCGCCCACGCACUCAGUGCUCAAACUAGUGAUAGAUCUCUUCAGUCGCAAGAAAACAGCCGACCAUUUCUACACUAAUGACGUCAAAGUCGCCAUUGAUAUUAUCGUGCGACAGUUGGCCGACUUGUCGCCAGGGGAUCCGCGACGUCAACAAUACCUAAAAGUGCUCCAAGGCAUAAUCCGCAACACAGAGUAUGGAACACACUUGCACCGUCGCGACGAUCUCUUGCGAUGUUUUGCGAGAAUCUUCUGCGAAGAAGGAGAUAGUAGCCGGGAAGAUCAAGCUUUAGUAAGGGCUAUUUCCAACGAAUUCCCACAGUUCUUCAAGGCCUAGAAGUUUCUAGAAUAGUCUAGAACGGUAGGUAAGAUUUUGGUGUUCAAUAGAUUGAGUCUUGGUGUGUGUUAGGGCCACAAGUUACUAAUUGGUAGUUUAUUUAAUGAGUAUGGAUGGAAUGUAAAAGCUAAACUAUUCUUUGAUGGAGAUUCUAAGGUUAAAAAGUAUUGUGGUGUUGGAAAUUGUGUCCAGAAUUACAGUUGGUAUGAAGUAUGGAAAGAAAUUGCGCACAUUAAAAUUGUGACCUAAAAAAGGGCAAACAAACUGCGCACAUUAAUGAUUGUGUAUAGAAAGGUAUGUUACAGAAGUCUUAAAUUUGGUGUAAUUAAACUGAUUAUUUCUCUGGUAGAAAUUCUAGGGUUAGAGUUUUAUGGUGGUAAUGUCCAAUUUAUUAUGAGAGUGGUUUAAAAAGGGGAAGAAAUUGCGCACAUUAAAAUGUUCGUGUGAAAAAGAAGGGUAUGUUAUUUUGUGGAUUAUGAAAGAUUGAUAUCGAUUGUUAGAUAAAUCUUAUAGGAUAUGAACUUCAUGUGUGGAUUACAAGAAUUUGGGUAAUGUUGAUGAUAUGAGAACAUAUUCUCAAUAUCAAAUGUUAGUAAUGGUAGUCCAUAUCAUUUGAACAAAGAUAAGAUGGCUGGAUUCAAAAUAUAAGAUCAUUGAAAAAUCGUUAAAAUUUUCCAAUAUUUAAUUAUUGUUAGUAAGUCAAAUUUUACGCAUAUUAUAACAGCGGUUUCACUUGACUUUAAUGAUUAUAAAGGCCUUAUUGGCUCACCUAUGAUCUGCUAUAAAAUAUAUUGAAUAUGUUUGAUUGGAUAUGGGUAUUGAUAGAUGUAUUUAAGUCUAAAAUAUUCUAUUACAAUGAAUAGUUAAAACAAUUUAUCUAAUAAUAGUUAUGCAUGCAAUUAUAUAGUGUUUACUUACUAAAUGAUCUCAUGUGUCUAAAGUUUUUCGACUUAAAUAUUUAUUCCGUAUGAAAAUUGACGUCAAUAAGAAAAUAAGAUGUGUGUUUACAUUGUUUAUAUUGAUGCGUACUAAUUAAGUCACUCGGAUAAUAUCCAAAGACGUAUUUAUUUGAAAGUUUUAAAUCUUGAUAUAAAUUUAUUUAAAGGGUUAGAACCAAAGGAAUUAUCUGAAGUUGUAUCACGACAACUUGUAUCACGAACUUUGUAUAACUGAAGGGAAAAUUAACGUUCC